UCCAAGAUGUCGGACGACGAGAGGACAUUAUUUGUCGCCGGUUUUAAUGAUGAUCGUGUCACUGAAGAGAUCUUAUACGAACUCUUUUUACAGGCAGGUCCGUUAGAAAAAGUAGUUAUUCCUAAAGAUAAACAAGGUGCUCCAAGAAGAUUUGCGUUUGUGACAUUUCAACACGCUGUUUCAGUUCAAUAUGCGAAGGAAGUCAUGGACGGAAUAAGAUUAUAUGGUCGCACAUUGAAUUUACAGAAUCGUGGUGGUGGGGGCAACGAGAGUCCACGAAACUCUCCUGCGUCUAGUCCACGCCAUUUUAACCCCGAUCCACAAAAUUUACGUCCUCCUCCGAAUUACAAUCGUUCCAACACGUGGCAUGGUAACGAUUCUGAUCGUAGUCCAAAUCAGAGACCAAACAACUACUCUCCUCAAUCAGACCUCACUAAUCCUUAUGCUCAAGGAAAAAAUUACAUGUCCAUGGAUGUAUUACGUGGUCAAGUGCCUACGAACAAUUUAAACAUGCAAUCCAUGCAACCCAGAGAAAAUGAUUCGAUCGAUGCUCGUCGUCAAAGGAUUUUACAUCAGCAAGAAAUGUCCAUAUCUAUGCACAGUCAAGGUCAUCACAGAAAUCGAUCUAAUGAUCGUUAUAUGAAUCGAUCAGAUGAUCGUGGUUAUAACAAUCACGAUCGAAAUAAUCGUAAUCGGAACACUCAUCCGUAUGGUGGUGAUAAAAGGCGGCGACAUUGAUAAAAUAACAUUCUAUUAAACAUCUGUCACCGUUACAAACAUGCCAUUCUCCCUGUGUCAAUACUUUCGUCAUCUUAUAGGGCUUUUAUGAUCACCAGUCAGAUUAGGCUCUUGAAAAAUAUAUUUUAUUUGAAUGGUGUCAAUUCCCAAAAUUUCAACUCUAAAUCGUAUUCGUGUGUGGGAACGUCAUAUUUAAUAUGAAGGGAAUUAUGUGUAAUAUUUUACCAUAUGAUAUAAGGCCCUACAAAAAAAGAUGUCCUCGACAUCAUGGUUCUUAGACAAUUCUUCUUAAGAAUCUAAAGAACUUCGGAGCUUUUAUUUGUUUUAUAGGAUCAGUAUUGACUAAAAGACUACUCACAUUUCAAGGUUCUCCAUGUUAAUGUAAAUGAUGCUCCUUUCAUCCCCCAUCUCCAUUAUUACUAAAAUUUCAAUCAUUUCAUUAUGAUUAUUACAUGUUGAAUGUACUUAAAUGAUCUUUAAAAUUAUAUGGGUUGAGUAUCUGAUAUGUGAGUCUAUGGAACACCUUCGACUGAAACAUUUAAUGGAUUUACUUUGGAAAAUCUGAAGUGCACUAAGGGAUCAUGCACUCUAUGUAGCUUUUUUUAUGUGAAACUGGAGUAUCGAAGAACCGGACUGUUUUUCUUUAUUCUACUUUUAUCAUUUACCAUGUACAACGGUUUUAACAUGUUUUUAACAAUAGCAAGCUAGUUUUUACUUUACAGUCUCAUUGACCAUUUCCUAAAACUUCCUUGGCAGCAAAUACUGAACAGUUUAAGCUUUUCUGGAUGAGUCAAAUUGAAAAAUAAGAAAAAUUAGAGUUUCAUUUUGGAAAGAGAUAUGCUGAUUUUAUGAGAGUACUUUUUAUUAAAAUAUUUCGUCCUCCAAGUCAGAUGUCCAUUUUGUUUUGAUGUUGACGCUCUUGUGAACUAAUUUUCCAAUCAAAUUACAUGUAGGCUCUACCUAUAAUGUUUAGUGCGGCAUUCAUUUAGCAGGAGGUUGUGGGAUAAUAAACCCAAAUUAGAUUAAAAUAGUAGUCUCCAUGGAAACAAAUCAAGUACACAAGGCAUGCUCGAUAAAAUGUUUCCUUGUUCUUCUUUAAAGUAGUAACCUUUUAAAGUUAAUAUUUAAAUAAAGUAGAACCAGUCAACCAAAUUAGAAUACUUUCCAUAGAAUAUGAAUAAGAUGAAUUUGAAAUGUACACGUCUCGAAGUCAGCCAAUUUUAAAAACUUUGGAAGUAGUGUUAAUAGGCAAUAAAUACAUGUAAUAAGAUCUCUGAAUAAAUUUGAAAACCUUCAUCAAAAGCCAUUGAUCGCCAUUUGCAAAACCGAAAUAUGUUCAAUUUGGAUUUUAUAAGAGCCCAUCAAAACAACUAUCAGUGGCUCUGGCUUGUUUAUAUUGUAUGCAGAGAAUGCUGUAGGUGUCAAUGUUUGACUUAUUUAACACACUGUUGGUAGAAAAUUAUUUAGGUUACAAUGCAAGCAUACUCUGGGUUAUCAAAAUUACUGUUAAAUGCACUAAUCAUUUGGAUAGUCUUCAUUUGCCACAUAGCCUGUUGUCACAAAGACAACUUACUGGUCCCUUAUGAAUAAUCAGCAAGCUUGUAUACUCAGCCAAAUUAAAAACUUGACACUCAGGAUUUUUGGGACUAGAUUUUUAAUAUUUGGUUUAAGGCAACUAUUUUAGUGUUAUGUUGUGCACAGACGACCUUGACAUCAACAGAAAACAAGAAUACGUCUCGCCGAAAGUCCUUGACAUUGAUAACGUUCGUGAUGUCACAGUACCCCCCAAAAUGAAAUUCACAGACUUGGAGAAGAAUCGGAAUAAAGUGUUUAGUAACGGUUGUGGCCUCCUCUAGCGUCUCGUACUGCCACACAACGUCUUCUCAUGGAUCUCAGAACAUUAGUAAACACUACCCGAGGAAGACGUCGCCACUGCUCCGCAAGAGCAUGUUGAAGGUCCUGCAACGUCAUUGGUGGAUUCACUAGCUGACGAACACGUCGACCAGUUCGUCCCAGAUGUGUCCAAUAGGAUUAAGUUCGGGGCUAAGCGACGGCCAAUCCAGAACUUGGACACCGUUAUUUCUUAAAAAAUUGUGGGUAGCAAUUGCUGUAUGGGGUCGAGCAUUGUCUUGUUGAAACGUUAGUCCAGGCCCAUGUCUCUGCAUAAACGGAAGAAGAACAGGUUGCAAAAUCUGAUCCCUGUACUGGACAGCAUUUAAGUUCCCUUGGACAAAAACAAGAGGAGAACGUCCAUGUGCACAAAAAGAACCCCAAACCAUGACGCUGCCGCCACCAAAUCGUUCAACUUCUCUGACACAUACUUGAGCGUAACGUUCACCUCGUCUACGGUACACUCGGGCCCUGCCAUCGGCAAAUCUCAAAGUGAAUCAAGAUUCGUCACUAAAGACAACCGAAUUCCACUGUCUUUGAGUAAAUCUUAUGUGUCUUGUGGCCCACACAAGUCGGUUACCGGUUACCGCGAUGAAGAGGUGUCAAUAUUUUUCAAUUAUAGGACCUCCGAACUUGAAGACCAGCAGCCUGCAAGCGAUUUCGAACAGUUUGUGCAGUUACCCUUCCACCAAACAUCUGUUUCUAAGAUGACAAUCGUAUUGCUUGAUCUUCCUGGAGUGACGUCACACGUGGCGCUCACGCCCUUGGGCGGUCGGCAAUAGUUCCAGUUUGAAGCACUCUCAUUCUAAGAUUAAUUAUUGUCUGGCGUGAACAAUUAAAGGCUCUUGCUUCAGUGAUCACAGACUGACCAGCAUAGAGCCUACCUAUAGCACGCAGACGUUCUACAUUUGAAAGGCGCAGCAUUUUCUAACAAAGAUGAAAAUAACAAUUUUAAUUUGUUUUUCCAGUUUAAGUUACGUGUGCGUGUUCAGUUUAAGCAAACUUGCAUCGAUUGGCCUCACGAGUUUGUGUUUGCACGUGUUUUUCAGGUUUUUCAUCUUUAUAUGCUCAAAAGUCACGUGAUCCACGUGACUUUACAAUUUUAUGAAAUUAAAGGCUUCUUACUACUUACUAUCGUUAGAAACACUUUAAAAUUUAUUUGACUUACUAGAAAAAAAAUUUUUGUUGAAAUUCAUCAGUGUCAAGUUUUUAAUUUGGCUGAGUAUAUAUUUACAGAAUUAUCAAACUUACUGUUAAAUUCAAAUGUGCAAAUUACUCUGUUCAUGAACUAGGUGGUCGAUUCUCCUCACUAAGGUACGACUGUUACAGAUUGUAGCUGACACGUUAAUGGACUUAUUAAUCAACAAGUAAUAAUUAACUUUUUGUAAUUGAGAUUGAUUUAUGAUAGCAUAUUGGCUGGCUCAUUGUUUUUACAAACAUCAAGCGGCUGAAACUGUCAAUCACCCAAUUAAAAUCCCUUUGUCCAUGUAAUGUGAAUGUUAGAAGAAAAAGAAAUGGAAACGAAAUUGUAAUCUAAUAUUAAAGCAAAUUGACCUGUAAUUUUAAUUUAUGAGUAAUAUUACGCCAUGUCUUGUAGAUUUUAAAUAAAGUCCUGUAAUUUCAAAUCAAUUUUUUCCUCAUUUCAAAAGCGGGUGUCAUAUAAAGAUAUAUUGGAAUUUACGGCAGCUGUUAUUAAUUUCAUUCACCUAUUAAGGUUAUGCACUUAUUAAAAGCUUAUUUUUAUAUUGAAAACAAUAAUAAUUAAUGUGUUCAUUGUUAUAACUAUGAGCAUUCUUUUUUGUUCUGGUCUUCAGAUGAGGAAAAAAAAUACCGAAGUUUGCAAUGUGUUCAAUAAACCCUAACAAAUUGCAUAGUGUGUCCAUGGCUUAAGUAGUAGUAGUGAGAUAGGUCACGGGUCAUUUGUUCCAGUAUUUAGAUAGGUCGUAAUUCGUUAGUUGUUGGAAUAUUGUCGUUUUAAUACCAGUUAUUGUCAUUCGUUAAACAUUGUAUAUAAUAUUUUAUCUAGAUUAUUUUAAAAUGAAUAAAAAUAAUAAAUAAUUCAUGUCAUGAAAAAAUUUAA